CCCCGCGGCGGCGCUCGGUGGCCCCGGGGGUGUCCCUGGUGGCCCUGGGGGGGUCGGUGGUGGCCCUGGGCUGCUGGGCGCUGGCCGAGCCCCCCCGGCGGCGCCGGGCGCGGCUCCUGCUCGAGGGCGUGGCCCGGUUCUGCAGGUCGCUCUCGGUGGGGCUCCGCAUCUCCCUCGAUUAUUGGUGGACGACCAACGUGGAGCUGCGGGGCCUCGAGCAGGACAGCCCCGUUUACCUGUCGGCCAUGUCGUGCUGCCACCGCCGCGCCGGGCAGCGCCUCCUGCAGGGGGCGCUCUCCAACGGCGGCCUCUACGUGAAGCUGGGCCAGGGGCUGUGCGCCAUGGACCACCUGCUGCCACCCGAGGUGACAGCGACACUGCGGCCGCUCGAGGACAGCGCCAGCCCCCGGGGACACCGCGAGGUGGACGAGCUGUUCCUGGAGGAUUUCCAGACCACGCCUUCCGGAAUGUUCCGCGACUUCGACUACGAGCCCGUGGCCGCCGCCAGCCUGGCCCAGGUGCACCGAGCCACCCUCCCCGACGGGACCCCCGUGGCCGUCAAGGUGCAGUACCUGGACCUGCGCGAUCGCUUCGAGGGCGACAUGAGGACCCUGGAGCUGCUGCUGCGCCUGGUGGAGUUCAUGCACCCCGACUUCGCCCUGGGCUGGGUGCUGCAGGAGCUGAAGGGGACGCUGGCGCUGGAGCUGGAUUUCGAGAACGAGGCGCGGAACUCGGAGCGCUGCGGGCGGGACCUGGGACACCUGCGGGGGGUGACGGUGCCACGCGUGCACUGGGGACACUGCAGCAAGCGGGUGCUGACGGCCGAUUUCUGCGAGGGCUGUAAGAUCACCAACCUCGAGGGGAUCCGGGCGCUGGGCCUGGGGCUGCGAGACACCGCAGAGAAGCUGAUCCAGGUGUUCGCCGAGCAGAUUUUCUACACCGGGUUCAUCCACGCGGAUCCGCACCCCGGGAACGGUGGGAAUUCCUGCCCAAAAUCUUGGAAUUCUGGGGAUGGAGCCGCCAAAAUUCCCUGGAAAUUCCGUCCCAGCCCCACCCAGGGUCUCGCUUCCUGCUUCGGGAUCUGCGCCCGGAAUCACCUGGAGGAAACUUUGGAAAAAUUGGAGGAAUUCGAGAAAUCCGACGUCGUCCGGAAAUCCCAGGGCUUGUUCAGCAUCUUCAAGGAGCGGAGCGAUGUGGAGGCGGAGCAGCAGCGCGGGGCGCUGGCGCUCUGCUACGGCCGCGUGGCGGCGGCGGCGGCUCCGGAGCUGCUGCGCUCGCGCCUGGAGCCGCGGAUCCUCGGCAGCCUCCGGCACCUCGGCCACACCAAGGUUCUGGGAAUAAAAAUAGAGCCCAAGGACCCGGCGCUGAAGCUGAGCCUGGCCCGGAGCAUCUCCAUGAUCGCCCAAGCCCUGGCCCGCGGCGGCUCCGGGAAUUAUCCCCGGAAUUUUGGGAAUUGUCCCGGGAAUUUGGGGAAUUGUCCCGGGAACGGCUCCGGCAGCAUCGCCCACAAGGCCGAGCUGGUGGCGCUCAUGGUGGAGUUCCUGAGGGCGGAGCCUCCGGACGCGCUGCGGACGCGGCUGCGGCAGCGAGCGCUGAGCACCUGCGCGCACCUGGUCGCCCUGGAGCCGCCGCUGAGCGACGCCGAGCGCUCCGAGCUGCUGGACACCCUGGGCUCCGUCCUGGGGCUGCCCCCGCCCCAAUCCGGGAAAAACCGGGAAGAGCCCGGAGCCCAGCAAAUCCAUGGGAAUUCCAGCAGGAAAAUCCCCAAAUCCGUGGACUCUGCAGCAAGGGUUAAACUCGGGCGGCGGGGAAGGGGCGGAAAACCCAAAAGCUCCUUUUUUUUUCCGGAGUUUUCCCGGGAGAUUCCCGCUUUUCCCUGGCAGGCCACGCGCGCCCUGGAUGAGCUCAUGUCUGUGCCGGAGGCGGCGGCCGCGGUCCUGGAGCGAUUCCCGGAGCUUUUCCAGGGGCUCCUGCUGCGCCUCGGCUGCUCCGUGGGGGUCCAGCUCCCGAAAUUCCUGCAGGGCCGGGAAAAGAGGAACCUCCAGCCCUGCAGCUGUGCCGUGCAGACGCUGAAGGCGAUGCUGGCGCGGGCCGGGAACGACGACGUCGUCCGGGAUGUGGGAAGCACCGGGGGCUGGGAACUGAUGGGAAUUCCCGAGCGGCACCACGACGGAAUCGCCCUCCUGGCCGGGGCCAUGGCUCGGCUCUGCGGGCCCCGGCUGCCGCCGAUCGUCCGGAGCCUCAUCCCGGUGCUGGGAAGCGCCUUCGAGUGCCAGAGGGUGACCAGCAGCGCCUUCCUGGCCGAGCUCCUCAGCCACAAGGUGGUGAACGACCUGGUCCUGCUGGAGCCGAUCCUGGACGCGCUGACGGCUCUGGAGAAGGAUUCCUGCCUCCUGGUGCGGGUCCUGGCGCUCCGGGGGCUCGGGAACGUGGCCUCGGGAUCCCCGGAAAAGAUCCGGAGGCACGGCUCGCAGCUGCUGGCCUCCAUGGUCAACGGCAUGGACGACAAGGACGAUCCCAACAAUCUGCUGGCGCUGGAGGCCAUGUCCAGCCUCUCCAAAAUCCUGGAUCACCUGGAAGAGCGGGACGUGCAAUCCAUGCUGCUCCACGUCGCCAUCCGCAUCCGGCCCUUCUUCGACAGCGAAGACGCGGAGCUCCGGCACUCGUCCAUCGUCCUCUUCGGGAACCUGUCCCGCUUCCGCCGCGCCGACUCCGAGGUUUUCUCGGAGCAGAUCCUCAACGGGCUCGUGACGCUCCUGCUGCACCUGCAGGACCCGCAGCCCGACGUGGUCAAGGCGUGCAAGUUCGCGCUGCGGAUGUGCGGGCCCAGCCUGGGCUGCGAGGAGCUCCGGGAAAUGUUCGGGAAUCACCUGCGGGAGGAGCGGGGGCUGCACUACGGGGAGUUCAUCAACGACGUCUGCAAGUUCCUGAUGCGCAGCCACCCCGCGCUGCUGGGCCGCCUCAUCUCCACCAACCUCUUCUACUUCAAGAGCCCCUGGCGGGAGCUGCGGGCGGCGGCGGCCAUGUCCGUCGGAUUCCUGGUGCUCCACAUGGACGAGGAGCAGGGCCAGCAGGUGGACCUGGACCAGCUCAUCUCCGCCCUGAAGCUGCUGCUGAAGGAUCCCGUUCCCACCGUGCGGAUCAAGGCGGCCGAGACCCUGGGACGCCUCGUGCGCCUCCUCUGAAUCCCAGAAUUCCUGCAAUUCCUGGGAAUUCCCAGCUCCGAGACCCUGGGACGCCUGAUCCACCUCCUCUGAAUCCUGG